AUGGCCCUGGCGCUCGGCUGCGCCGCCGUCUACGUCACGUCGGGCUCCGAGGCCAAGAUCGCCCGCGCCCGGCAGCUGGGCGCCGCCGGCGGCGUGCUGUACACGGACGCCGACUGGCCGCGCGCCCUGGCGCGCAUGCUGCCGCCAUCUAGACCUUUUCUCGACGCCGUUAUCGACGGGGCGGGCGGCGAUAUCGUUAUUAGGACGAUCCCGCUGCUCAAGCCCGGCGGCGUCAUCACAAUCUACGGCAUGACGCUUUCCCCCGUGCUUGACUGGCCCAUGCAGGCUGUCAUGAAGAACAUUGAGCUGCGCGGCACCACGGCCGGUUCCAGGGCCGAGUUUAAGGAUAUGCUCGAUUUUGUGGCCCAGCACAAGCUGCGGCCCGUAGUCAGCCGCACCGUCAAGGGCCUCGAGUGCGUCGAGGCCAUCGAGGGUCUGUUUGACGAGCUUAAAGCAGGCAAGCAGUUUGGGAAGCUGGUUAUAGAGAUCUAG